UCUUGCAGUACGUUCAAGCAGAUGCUCCUACCAACAAAACACUGGCUGGGCUGGUGGUGCAGCUGCUGCAAUUCCAGGAAGAUGCCUUUGGAAAACAUGUCACCAAUCCUGCCUUCACAAAGCUUCCUGCAAAGUGCUUCAUGGAUUUCAAAGCUGGAGGUACAUUAUGUCACAUUCUUGGUGCUGCUUACAAAUAUAAGAAUGAACAGGGCUGGAGGAGGUUUGACCUGCAGAAUCCCUCCCGAAUGGAUCGCAACGUGGAGAUGUUCAUGAACAUUGAGAAAACACUGGUGCAGAACAACUGUCUGAGCAGACCAACCAUCUACCUCAUUCCUGACAUGGAGCUGAAGCUGGCCAACAAGCUGAAGGACAUUGUCAAACGUCACCAGGGAACAGUCACUGAAGAGAAAUCCAAGGCUACCCACCACGUGUAUCCAAGUCCUACCUCAAUGGAUGAUGAUGAAUGGUUGAGACCUGUGAUGAGAAAGGACAAGCAGGUGCUGGUACAUUGGGGCUUUUUUCCAGACAGCUAUGACACCUGGGUCCACGCCAAUGAAAUAGAUGCAGAAAUCGAGGAUCCCCCGAUUCCCGAGAAGCCGUGGAAGGUUCAUGCCAAGUGGAUUUUGGACACAGAUGUGUUCAACGAAUGGAUGAAUGAAGAGGAUUAUGAGGUGGAUGAGAACAGGAAAUCUGUGAGUUUUCGCCAGAGAAUCUCCAUGAAGAAUGAAGAGCCCGUGCGGAGCCCAGAGAGGAGGGACAGGAAAGCAGCAGCCAGUACAAGGAAGAGGAAACAUUCUCCUUCUCCACCCCCCACUCCUGUGGAGUCCAGGAAAAAGACAGGGAAGAAAGGACAAGCAGCUCUGUAUGGAAAAAGGAGGGGGCAGAAGGAAGAAGAUGAACAGGAAGAUCUCACCAAGGACAUGGAGGAUCCCACACCAGUACCCAACAUAGAAGAAGUGGUACUUCCCAAAAAUGUGAACCCAAAGAAGGACAGUGAGAACACGCCCGUGAAAGGAGGAACCGUGGCAGACCUGGAUGAGCAGGAUGAGGAGACAGUGGCGACUGGAGGAAAGGAGGAYGAGGAUCCCAACAAGGGUGACCAGAGCCGCUCCACUGACCCAGGGGAGGACAACGUCACUGAGCAGACCAACCACAUCAUCAUCCCCAGCUACGCCUCCUGGUUUGACUACAACUGCAUCCAUGUGAUUGAACGUCGUGCGCUUCCGGAAUUCUUCAAUGGAAAAAACAAGUCCAAGACUCCAGAAAUAUACCUGGCCUACAGGAACUUCAUGAUUGACACGUAUCGGCUGAACCCGCAGGAGUACCUGACCAGCACUGCCUGCAGGAGGAACCUCACCGGGGACGUCUGCGCCGUCAUGAGGGUGCACGCUUUCCUGGAGCAGUGGGGGCUCAUUAACUACCAAGUGGAUCCCGAGAGCCGCCCCAUGGCCAUGGGGCCACCCCCUACCCCCCACUUCAACGUGCUGGCCGACACCCCCUCGGGGCUGAUGCCCCUGCACAUCCGCACCCCGCAGGUUCCAGCUGCCCAGCAGAUGCUGAGCUUUCCUGAGAAAAACAAGGAGAAGCCAACUGACCUGCAGAACUUCGGCCUUCGCACAGACAUCUACUCCAAAAAGACUUUGGCCAAGAGUAAAGGUGCAAGUGCAGGGAGAGAAUGGACAGAGCAGGAGACACUGCUGCUGUURGAGGCGCUGGAGAUGUACAAGGACGACUGGAACAAGGUGUCGGAGCACGUGGGCAGCCGCACUCAGGACGAGUGCAUCCUGCACUUCCUGCGCCUGCCCAUCGAGGAUCCMUACCUGGAGAACUCGGACGCGUCGCUCGGCCCCUUGGCCUACCAGCCCGUGCCCUUCAGCCAGUCGGGCAACCCCGUCAUGAGCACCGUGGCCUUCCUGGCCUCYGUGGUGGAUCCACGCGUGGCCUCRGCCGCCGCCAAGGCCGCCCUCGAGGAGUUUUCCCGAGUCAGAGAGGAGGUGCCCCUGGAGCUGGUGGAAGCCCAUGUGAAGAAGGUGCAGGAAGCAGCUCGAGCCUCUGGGAAGGUGGAUCCGACCUACGGCCUGGAGAGCAGCUGCAUUGCUGGCACCGGCCCCGACGAGCCCGAGAAGAUGGAUGGAGCUGAGGAAGAGAAGAUGGAAACAGAGGCAGAGGGCCAGCAGACAGAGAAGGUGGAGAGCAAAGCUGAGAGUGAAAUUGAGGAAGGAGAGAAAGUCCCGGAAGGGGAAAACGAGCGGACCACAGAGAAGGAGCCAGAGAGCGAAGGGGCUGCGGAGCCCAAGACAGAGGAAAAGGAGGCGGAGGAGAACAAGGAGAACGUUGAUGGCAGCAAAGACAAAGAGGCCGAGGCUGGCAAGAAGAAAGUGGAGCACGAGAUCUCGGAAGGAAACGUGGCCACAGCUGCAGCUGCUGCCUUGGCCUCUGCUGCCACCAAAGCCAAGCACCUGGCAGCUGUGGAGGAGAGGAAGAUCAAGUCUCUGGUGGCCCUUUUGGUGGAAACUCAGAUGAAGAAGCUGGAGAUAAAACUUCGCCACUUUGAGGAGUUGGAAACGAUCAUGGACCGGGAGAAAGAGGCACUGGAGCAGCAGAGGCAACAGCUGCUGACUGAGAGGCAGAACUUCCACAUGGAGCAGCUCAAAUACGCCGAGUUAAGGGCUCGCCAGCAAAUGGAGCAGCAGCACAGCCAGAACCCCCAGCAGCCCCACCAGCACCCCAGCGGGCCUGGCAUGAACCCCCUGGGGGCACCAGCACACCCAGGGCUGCUGCCCCACCAGCAGCCCCCGCCCUACCCCAUGAUGCACCACCAGAUGCCACCUCCUCACCCGCCUCAGCCAGGUCAGAUGCCGGGCCCCGGCUCCAUGAUCCCGGGGCAGCCCCUGGCAGGCCGGAUGAUGCCGAGUGUGACAGCCAGCAUGCAYCCCACCGGCGGGGCCGCCCCGCCCGGGAUGUCCCCGAUGUCGGGGAACCUCAUCGGACCGCGCGUCCCGCUGGCAGCUCCCAACGGCCUGUAUCCUGGUCCGGCGCAGCCGCCGCCCCCCGCGGAAGGAGUGACGCCGCCUCCGGCCGGAGCCCCACCAGCCUCAGCCGCUCCCUAAGCAGCCAAGGAAGGAGGAAGGAACUUCCACAGCAACAUAGUGGUGACCAAAAGAGAAUUUCUCAGUUCCCUUCUGUUCCCCGGGGAGGUUUUCCCCUCCCCUCCCAGUCUCAUGCGUGUGAUUGGCACGACGACGUUCCCCGCUCCCCACCAGAGAACACACGGCAGAACUCGGCAUUCCCUGGGGAAAGCUGGAGAUUGGGAUGCCAGGAGUGCCUCCAUGUUGCUGGUGGGAAGUCCUUUACCCCUUGGCCUGCUUGCCUCGCAGAGCUCCAUGCUGGUUUCCUUCCUCUUGGUGCUUUGAGCUCGGGCUCCUCUGGGAAGGGUGAAAUAAUCCAGGUUCCAGGACAGGAGCUGAGCUUUGGGCCGUGCCUGCUCCGGGCUCUCCGGAGAGAGCAGAGCACCGAGAGGAGAUGCCAAACCAGUGCUUGGAGCAGAGCAGGAGGAGAGGGGCGUGCUGGGCGCAGGAAUGGCAGCCGUGUCCAGAGGGAUUCCUGGUGGCUACGGCCGCAGCUGCCCCGUAACUUAUUACAGGAAAUAUUGAUCCGUGUGAAUGAAGCCGGGAGCGAAUCAAUCAGAAUAAAACCACUCAAUGGUAGGAGUUUUCUUGCUCCAGUUUUUACCUUCCCUUUGCCUUUGGAGGUGGUAGUUGGACCUUCCCUGAGUAGUUCGGUGCAGUAGCCAACUGAGGAAUAACCCCCCAUUUUUAGUCCCUCUUUUUGGAGCAUAUACUUUGUACUUUUUAAAA